AUGCAUCGUGAAAUGGAUCGUGAUCAGACCACCAGGGAUCUUUUCCCUGCCUUAGUUGUGCAAUUGUGUCGAGAAACAAGCGGAACCCCUUCAAUUGAUGAAUCGGAUUCUGCUGUUGAUGCGCCUACAGCAACUUCAAGCCCUACGCUACGUUUGCCUGUUGGCUGCACGUUGCAAUCCCAGGAGUCUGCUGUUCCUCGUGCCGGUCCUAUUUUACAAUAUCCAACGUCUAUCUACUUUUUCCCUCAGCUAACCACUGACGGCAACGACUCUGACCGCGAAGCUGCUUCGCCUGUGCCUGAUCUACCUUCGCUCCCGUCCGAUUCGGAGUACAAGGCUUCGAAUUCUCAAUCUGCUUCUUCCCCGGAGUCCUCCCGACAGAACACCCGUUCUCGUCGGACAACUACUCAAGUUCGGGGCAUUCCUGUUAGAUCGACUCGAGUUAGAUUUGCUCCAGUUGGAGGAAAUUCUGACCAGUACCUACCUACAGCGAGUCGCACUAUUUCUUCUCGUGAUACCCCUCGUGCUUCUAUCCCAACUCGCGAUUGUCAGAGCACUAAUACAGACUCUACGAAUGCGGAGGGACGCCCUGAGGACGUGACCCCCAUUGCCACUCCUAGGAUAAGACUUGUUUUCAGAAAGAGACCUCGCGAGGCCAUCCCGGACUCGGACGCCGCUUCAGACUCCACGAAUGCAAAGGAACGCCCUGAGGACGCGACCCCCAUUGCCGCUCCUAGAAUAAGACUUGUUGUCAACAAGAGAUCUCGUGAGGACUCCCCGGACUCUAUUCCUUCUCGUGCUAGUCAGGAAACUGCUACAGACUCUGCAAAUACAAAGGGACGCUCCAAGGACGUGACUCCCACUGUCACUCCUGUCAGGAUAAAACUCUUUUUCAAACAGAGACAUCGUCAAUCCGCCCCCUCCCCGGACUCCAUUCCCUCGACUGUUCCACCCGACCCCGUCAGCAGCGAGUACCCUUCGUCCCCUACAAAACACGGAAACCAAUCAUCCAAUAUUGACUCUGAUCAGCUGAAACCUGCUAAAAACACGCCUGCUGAGUCCUCUUUCAUCCCUCAGUCCAAUAUGGAUCCUCCUAAGCCCAGUGCUGAAAGCCCAUCUCAUGAGACUUCUUCUAACUACGACGAGGCAUCGACUAGUAUCAAUCCUACUUCGGAGCCCCCCGCUACUAGCGAAUCUCCUAAGCCCCGUUCAAGCUCUGACGAAGCUCCGUCCGGCGACGCUGGUUACCUGUCCCCUACACUGGGUUUCGUCCCUUCUACACCCCCGAACCCAUCUGUAGACUCUUCAAUGGAUCCUUCCAUGGACCCUCAUAUGGAUCCUUAUCAGCCACUUGAUUCAGCGGUAAUGCCAGGGAUCACCCCAUUUGAAGACCCAAAUGUCCUCCCAUCCACAUUCAUGUACCCCGAAGAGACUCCUGACUACAGCAACUGGAACAUUGACCCCUUGGGUAUCUACACCCCCUCCGAGUAUGCACUCAUCCUGGCGUCUGAGCAGGAGGUCCUACGUCAAAUGGCUGACCCCCAUACCGAUACUCCAACGUAUAGGUAUGCCCGGGAAGAAGAGCCGCAUUUCACAACAGUUGCUGAUAUGGACCGUAUCUUUGCUGAGAUGGAAGCUGCCGCUGCUGGCAUAGAUAUUCUACAGCCUGAAUAUUGGGCCGCUAUCGGCCGCGAUCAGCCUGUUCCACCUCAACCUGGUGCACUUGAGUCUGAUCAACCGGCUCAUGCACAAUCCGCUUCUGAGACCUUGCAGUCAGUAGAGGAAGCAGACACAGGCUCAGCCACAAAGCGUGCCCGGCACAGUUCACCCAAAGCAAAAAGCUCGACCCCAGAGCCAUCAACCACAAUUUCAGCUAGAACCUCAGUCUCGAUCCAGCGCCGCAGCGCCUCAUCCAAAACCAAGACCGCGACUCCUCCAUCUACGUCAACCUCAAGACGCCGCCGUUCCAAGAAGCAGUCAGUGACGCCUGCGUCUACCUCAGCAUCAUCCCGCCGCCGUUCCAAUACCAAGGUGAAGACCGAGACAGCUACUCCAGAGCCCCAGGUCACCAUCUCCCCGCGCCGUCUGCGCAGCUCCUACGUCAAUCCCAGCUCUAGCACGAAGAAAAACCCCAAGGGCAACCCAACCCCAGAGUCAUGGGAGACAGCAUCUACCGCAGACAAGAUGAUGUCACAGAUGAAAGAGACGGAGUCGAUGUCGUGGGAGGACAUCACCGCAGCAUGGAACGAGAAUCGAAGUGACUCAGAUGACGAGAUGACAUGGCGAGCGCUGAGCAAGCGAUGGGGACGAAUCAAGGAUAAAAUUGGGCCUUGGCCCGGUUUCGACGAUGCUCUUCUGGAUACCUUGCGAGAGUUCGAUUCAAAGCUGGAUGACAAGGGCUUUGCGCAGAUUGCUCUGGAUGUUUCGAUUGAGCUUGGCUGGGAGGUUUCCGGUGCGGCUUGCCAGGGUCGAUAUGAGGUCCUCAAGGAGUCUGGCAAGGUCAAUGUGAAGGGUAAGGGGAGGGCUCGGAAGUAA